AUGGAGUAAGCCUUAUAUAAAGAUAUUUUUUACAAUUAUGAUCAUAGCUAUGUUAACGAUUAUCUUACGUUAUAAGAAGAAUAUGUUAGACCAUGGUAAGUUAAUGUGGAGAGAGUAUAACAUGGGUAAAAUUUUGGAGUAAAAGUCCCCUCUAUGACCAGUCUGGUCCAGGGAUUAAUGGAUAAAUGGGAAGUGGAAUAAAAAAAGAAAAUGAGGUUACUCAAUCUUGGUGAAUUAUAAAAUAAAAUCUUGGAGCUUGAAUAAUAAUAUGAUAAGAUCAAUGAUCAAUGUAAAUCUAUACUUGCACAGAAAUUUAAUGGUGUGUAAAUGCAAUCAAUGUCUGAUAAAAAAGCCCCUUUGUGGGUGGAGGUACAAAACUCUACUGAAGAAGAGGAGUUCCUAGACACUAUAUAUAUAAAAUGGUGCACUAUCCAACCUUUUAACUAAGAACUCUAGAAUGCAGCUAAAGCCUUUCAACUAUAUAAUCCGUAAACAACUAUUGAAAUUUGCGUGAAUGAGAAUAAUGUGUAGCCCUUACAUAUUUAGUUUUUUCUGGGAGGUAAGUUUUAAUAUCAUAAUAUUAUGGAAUAACUUCCCAAUAGCAAAAUUCACAAGGUAUUCAACUAAUCAAAGGUGCAAAUAUGAGUUUAACCGAUUAGAAUCUUACAAAAUAAACUUUAUCUAGGUCCCAUAUGAUAAGGGUCCCUAUAUAAGAUUAUGUAAGAGAUGUGGUUUCACAACUAAUGAGCCUUCUGUUAAGUUAGAAGAUGAUGUCAAACAUUUGUUACAAAAUUGUGCAAUCUUUGCAUAAUAUAUAGGUAGAGAUUAACUCCAAAUUAAUAGAUGA